CACUGUACCAGCAUACCAUGGCCGCGAAAACUAAUCAUAUGUUAUCAGCUGCCAUUGACUUUGGAACAACAUUUUCUGGAUAUGCAUUUUCUUCGCUAAACGACUUUCAGUCCUCACCUGACAAAGUAUCAUCUAUGACAUGGACGGCCGGCUCCGGGUGUCUACAGUCUCUGAAAACCUCAACUUGUGUGUUGUUCAGUCCGGACAAAAAAUUCUACGAUUUCGGAUUUCAAGCUGAAGACAAAUAUUCUGAAUUGGUUUUAGAGGAGAAAGAAAAAGGAUGGUACUUAUUUCGCAGAUUCAAGAUGGAGCUUUACAAUGCAAAGGUAACUAAGUCCGUAAUAUCUAUGUAUGCGCUAUUUUUGCUUUUUCGUUUUUGUAAAGUGACCACUGAUAUGACGCUUAAGUCAGUAGACGGGAAAACUCUACCCGCUUUGGACGUCUUCUCGGCAGCUAUUGGGUAUAUGAAGGACCAUCUUUUGCAGAAAUGCUCUACCCAGGGUCUGGAUCUUCUGCCACAUGAUAUACAGUGGGUUCUUACUGUUCCCGCCAUUUGGGACGACACAGCGAAAUCUUUUAUGAGGAAGGCAGCAGAACAGUUGCAGGCUGGCAUUUUGGCCGAGACACUACAUCUGGCUCUGGAACCUGAAGCAGCAGCAUUGUAUUGCAAAAAUAUUCAUGUGAACAUGUCCGUCGACGACGGUAGAAAAACACUCGAAACAUUCAAGCCUUGGACUAAAUACAUGGUUUUGGAUGCUGGAGGUGGAACAGUGGACAUAACGGUCCACCAGGUCCAGGACGGCGGGACACUGAAAGAGGUUUGUGCAGCAAGUGGCGGAGAUUGGGGUGGAACAAAGGUGGACGCACAGUUCGAAAAAUUACUGAGAAAUGCAUUUGGUCAAGAUAUCUUUGAAAAGUUCCGACGCGAUAAUGUUGAUGACUUUCUAGAGACCUUCAGAAACUUUGAAGUGAAGAAAAGAACUCUGUCACAGAGACAGGACGAACAUAUUACUUUUUCGAUACCUGCUUCCUUGCUAGAUAUCCACGAAAAUCUCGAGCAGUCAAGAUCUGCCAGCGAUUUUAUUGCUGCAAACUCUGAACACAUCUUCUUAAAAAAGAACAAGUUUCGCAUAUCAGCGCAAUACGCGGAGUCACUCUUCAAGUCUUCUACUGAUGGCAUCGUGAAACAUCUCAAGACCUUGAUAAAGGACCCACUUGUUGCCGAUAUAUCCUCCAUUAUUAUGGUCGGUGGAUACUCGGAAUGCUCAUUUCUUCAAAAAAGGGUGAUAGGCGCAUUCCCCAACAUCCGUGUGAUUGUUCCAUCAGAGCCUGGCCUUGCUGUACUGAAGGGGGCAGUAAUAUCUGGUCACACCCCCUCUGCUAUCACUCAUAGGGUCUGCCGUUACACAUAUGGCCUCGAAGGAAAUGGUCCUUUUAAAGAGGGUGUCCACGAUGAGGAACGGAAAUAUGUAAAUGCUAAGGGUACGCUUAAAUGUAAAGGAAUAUUUUGCACGCAAGUCAAUAUUGGAGAUGUAAUAAGAGUAGGCCACAAGGGUGAACGUUUACUUUUUUCGGUGAAGGAAGAAACAAGCACCAAGAUCUAUAUCCAAAGUUGUAUUUCUACACAAAAAAAUCCCAUGUACAGCGAACAUGCUGGAUGUAAAAUGAAUGGCUCUUUUUCUGUCGAGAUGUCUGAUAUAACAAAGGGGUUUGAUAGGGGAGUUUAUGUUCAGAUGAUAUUUGGUGGUACUGAAAUCAAAGUGGAGGCAACCGACAAAAACACAGGUGCAAAAUAUUCGUAUACAGUCGACUUUUAGAUAAUAUUUUGACUAUCAUCUUCAUCAACGAAUACGAAUAUGUUUGCGUCAUCUCUUACAUAUUUCUGCAACUAUUAUUUGAAAAAACAAACAUCAGUAUCAGAUGCAAUAUGUAAAAGGGCAACAUUUUCUGUCACUUUUAUCGAUGAACUGAAGUUUUAUGUAAAUGUCCACAAGGUUUCAUCAACG